AUGGACCUGCUCCGGGCGGCGAUGGCGGGCGUGGCGGGGACGCCAUACCACGACGGCCUCUUCUUCUUCGACAUGCAGUUGCCGCCAUCGUACCCGGCCGUGCCGCCGCUAGUGUACUACCACUCCUUCGGCCUCUGGUUGAACCCCAAUCUGGACGACAUGGGCGGCGUGUGCCUGAGCCUGCUCGACGCCGGCAAGGGGCCCGAGCACUGGUCGCCGGCCAGCUCCAGUGUCCUCCAGGUGGUCGUCUCCCUCCAGGGCCUCGUGCUCACCGCGCAGCCCUACUACAACGAGUCCGAGUACGCGUACCAGCUCGGCACGCCGCAGGGCGCCCGCAACGCGCUCCCCUACGCCGAGAACGCCUACGUGCUCACGCUCCGGACCAUGCUCCACCUGCUGCGCCGGCCGCCGGCGGGGUACGAGGCGCUCGUGGCAGGCCACUUCCGCCGCCGCGGCAGGUUCGUGCUCCGGGCGUGCGAGGCGUACCUGCAGGGCUGCCCUGUCGGCACGCUCGACGCCGAGGCCCGCGCCACGGCGGAGGGGGAGGGCGGGCGGCGGCCGUGCUCGACAGGACUGAGGCUCGCGCUCAACGGCAUCGUGCCGCGGCUCGUUGAGGCGUUCACCGAGAUUGGCGCCGACGGGUGCGAGCAGUUCGGCCGGUUGCGGCUCCCGCUUACCGGCAGUGGGGCUGUGGCGCCGCCGUGCAUUUAG